AGGUCACGUUGCAUGGCCGUGUCUCGUGACGCUACAGAGGGGCGGGUUAUCAACAACAGAGUCGGUCUGUGGAGCUAACGAUACUGAGGGACAGAGCUCGAGUGUUGUUUUGAAUUUGCUAGAAGACACCGACUGGAAGGGGGGCCAGGGCCUGUGGAUAAGAUGGCGGAUGUAGGAGGCGAUGGAACUCGGUCGACUCUCCCUUCGGCAUCCCGUAACGGUCCGGUUGUGGGCUCAUCUGCGAGCAUCGCGGGCCAGAACGCACCUAUGGUAACGUCAGGUCCACGGAUGGUGAGGAUCGUCAAGUCGGAGUCCGGCUACGGUUUCAAUGUUCGCGGUCAAGUUAGCGAAGGUGGACAGCUUCGCAGCAUCAACGGGGAACUGUACGCUCCUCUUCAGCAUGUCAGCGCUGUUUUGCCUGGAGGUGCGGCAGACCGAGCUGGGAUAGUAAAGGGUGACAGGAUCCUGGAAGUUAAUGGGGUGAGUGUGGAAGGUGCCACCCAUAAGCAGGUGGUGGAUCUGAUUCGUGCAGGGGAGAAGGAACUGGUUCUGGCUGUGUUGUCAGUUCCACCUCAGGAGGCAGAUGGGUUGGAAGGAGGAGAGGAUGUCCAGCCGAACUAUGACUACAGUGACAAGCAGGCAGUGCCCAUUUCCAUUCCCACAUAUAAACAUGUAGAGCAGCACUCCGAGAGGUUUGUGGUGUACAACGUGUAUAUGUCAGGUAGACAGCUGUGCUCAAAGCGCUACCGGGAGUUUGCCAUCCUGCACCAGAACCUAAAGAGGGAGUUUUCCAACUUCAACUUUCCAAAGCUUCCCGGUAAAUGGCCUUUCUCCCUGUCUGAACAGCAGCUGGAUGCUCGCCGCAGAGGCCUGGAGGAAUAUCUCGAGCGAGUUUGCUCUGUGCGGGUGAUUGGGGAGAGUGACAUCAUACAGGAGUUUCUCUCUGAAUCAGAUGAGAACUACAACGGAGUGACAGAUGUAGAACUGCGGAUAGCCCUGCCAGACAAGACCACCAUCUCCGUCAGAGUCCGCAAGAACAGCACCACAGACCAGGUGUACCAGGCUUUAGUGAUGAAGGUUGGAAUGGACAGUAUUAUGGCGAGCUACUUUGCCCUUUUUGAAGUCAUCAACCACUCUUUUGUGCGGAAGCUGGCGCCUAAUGAGUUUCCCCACAAGCUUUAUGUGCAGAAUUACACAUCAGCCGUGCCGGGGACUUGCUUGGCUCUACGCAAAUGGUUGUUCAGCUUCCAGGAGGAGGAGUUGCUAAGAGACAACCCGCUGGCACUGCACUACUGCUUUCACCAGGCACUGGAAGAUGUGAAGAAGGGAUUCAUAAAAACAGAGGACAAAUCCUACCAGCUGCAGAAGCUGGCAGAGCAGCGCAAGAUGGCCACGUACUUGAGUCUGCUGCGGACAUGUGAGGGCUACAAUGAGGUGGUGUUUCCGCACUGCUCCUGUGACUCCAGGAGGAAGGGACAUGUCAUCACAGCUAUCAGCAUCCAUCACUUCAAGCUGCAUGCUUGUACUGAGGACGGCACACUGGAGAACCAGGUCAUAGCUUUUGAGUGGUCGGAGAUGCAGCGCUGGGACACUGAUGAGGAGGGGAUGGCUUUCUGCUUUGAAUACGCCAGAGGGGAAAAGAAACCUCGUUGGGUCAAGAUCUUCACUCCAUAUUUUAACUACAUGCAUGAGUGCUUUGAGCGGGUCUUUUGUGAGCUGAAGUGGAGGAAACAGGUUGAGGAAGAGGCCUCUGACAAAGACAACAAAAACUGCAGCAACAAUGAGUAUCUGCCUCCUCUGGAGACACAGCAGAAGGGAUGGCGCCACCUAGGGGGGGAGAUUGCAACUUCCUAAAAACAUUUGUCAUCACCUAAAAUAGAACUGGUCCACUUGCAUCAUCACAACCACCCCAGAGAGCGGCCAUCGACAAACACGGAACUGACUGAGGGACUGAGGCGAUCCAUGCCCCGAGAAACAAACUGGAAGUGACCUAUUUGGGAAAUUGGAAUAGUCGCUCUUAACCGACCCCAGGGAUAAACACAGCAAGAAAAGCAAUGAAGGAGAAUAAACAAAAGCCAACUUUCAUGCCAUUUACUAGAUCUCCAUAGCGUUUCUGUUGUUUUCCUCCAUGCAUCUGCCCUGCGAUAUGGGGGCAGGACACGGGCAAAGUCUCGCCACUGGUUGAGAUGUAAUACACACACACAGCAUAUGACUGGUCAGGGUCACCACAGCGCUGCGGCACCAUUUGCACAAAAGGAGGAAGCCGUGGGAUAGAAUUGUGGCGGUCGGCUCUUCAUCACCAACUUCGUCUGAAGCCUUCUGCGUGGAACUUGUCUGCUGACCUGAGAUGAUGGAGAUGAAAAUAAGAAAGGAGGGAUGCAUAAAAAUGUUGUUGAUGAAGAAGCAAAGCAAAAUCAUGCUGUACACUGAUUAUGGACAUUAGUGCAAAAUUUACAGUUGCUGGGGAGCGGGGGGCGUGUUCAUAGUAGAGUGUAUGAUGAAAUAUAGAUUAAUAUAAAGGCUAAAAUAAUUGGUUUCUUGAUCUGACAUGGUAAAACGCCAGCUGAAUUGCGUGCAAGCUGCUCUAACUAAUCUGCAUUUUUCACCUUGUCUUCUGGUCCAACCCACGCUACUUCAGAAAGAUGUCUUUUGGCAGUCCGCCACUAAUGUGUGUGUGUGUGUUUGUAUGUGUGUGUAUCCCCCUCACAAGUGAUUUUUUAUUCUGGUGAUUUUGCAGAGCUUAGAAAUUGAGAGGAAGAGGCUUUCUCAUUCUCAGCUCUGCGCAGGGAUGAUCUCUCAAACAAAAGGUUGAUAGGCCAAACGUGUUGGUGUUUUUGAAAUGGCUCGCAAACUGUCGGACAGAUUCUCCACACAGAAUAAGGACGGGAACUGCCUGAAAUCGGACUGAUUUUUUUUUUUCUGUGGAGUGGACAGAUUCAAAGGUCUGCAUCCAUGCAAGGACAGGAGGGCCUUUGCGUGUGCUUCUGUUGAGCUGCAGUUUUCCUAACAGGCAGCAGAGAGCAGCAGAGUGCAACACAGAUUUGUGUUGCAGGUUUAGAGCAGAAAUAGAAAUCUUCUCAGAGUUUCUUACAGAGUGAUCCCUCGGGCUCUGUAACUCACCCAAAAGUAUCACUCCUCUGCAGUUUGUCCAUUAACCACAUCAGGAGGAUGGGCAGUGUGUGUAUGUGUUGUACAGGGAGGAUGGGCAGUGUGUAUAUGUGUUGUACAGGGAGUAGAUGGGGACUGUAACCAUCCGCAUACAUAGCAUUGCAGGCAGCUGUUCAUCUCUUGAUGCAUCUAAAAGAUUACAGUAUUAGUUGUAUGCAUAUGCACAACAUCUUUGACAGUUGGAGUUUUUUUGUUUUGUUUUUGAGCAGCAUUUCAUUUAUUUUUUUUUUAUACACAAAGACAACAUGUUUUUUUCUGUUUUCUCUCUGAUGUUCAAUCGCAAACAUUUGUCUCACUGUAAGUGUGUUGAAAGCAGGUCAAUAUGAAUUACAUGAAUUCUGAACUGAGACGUAAAUGUAUUGAUGUCACCUUAAUGCGUCGAAUGGGUUUGGUUUAUCCCACCAAGGGCUAAUGGUUUUAUCUUGGUCGAUUUAUUACGGACUCAUUCUCGUGCUUCAGUGACCAAAAACCUGAAACUGAGAGUGAUGUUGGUUUAUUAUUUAUUCACACUGACUAUUAGAGCACAAGUUCAAGUUUCAGUUUGUUGCAAGAUCCUUUUUUUUCCCCCCACAGUUUAGCUUAGCUCUCAGUUCAAUAAAAUGUCACAUUUGCUUUCAGUCAGUUACCUUGGAGCAUGCUUUUGUGUGUGUGUCCUCUGUGUUUAUCAUUGACAUUGCUGAUAAGGUUUUAGGCUGUGAUUGGACGUGUCUGAUGAGCUGUUGGUGUGAGAGCCAGUAAAUGAAGAUGUUUUCGUUUUAUCUGUAUGACAGCGGAGACGCCAGACAGAUGGAGACAAAUGGGAGGUGUCUCCUAUUGUCUAGCUAACAUUCACAGCCCAGCACAUGCUUUUUCAGCAUGAGACCCACGCACACACACACACACACACACACAUAUCCCUGUCUCCUGGCUACUUUGUAUUUAUAGUUUGACAAAAUUAGGUGCAAAAAUUUGUGUUUUGUUCUUUGUCAUCCAUUUGUUGCCUCUGAGGACAGGCCUCAGUUGUACAACAGCCUAUAGCAAUACUUACCAUAAUGUAGUAGCAUGUUGUGUUUUUACACACACAUCACAGAUAGCUGGAUUGAGAAAGAAGCAGCAGUGUGCUGAUUGCUGGAUGGACAAUUUGACAGCCAAAGUAAUAGCCAAUUCAGAGAUGGAUGACGUGGCAAUUGGAGCUGUUGAACCAUGAUGUCUCUUUUUGGAUGAGAUGUGGAGAGGAGAGGCAUAUAGAGGUGGUGUUGGCUUUUCUGUCCUCCGCGCUCACUCACUCCAGGUCGGUCUCCCCAUCAUCACAGAGGGAUGCAGUUGCCGUGGCAGCACCACGUUGGCUCAACACGCUUAGUGCAGCCUCUGUUCCUUUUAUUCCUGUCAGCCAACCGCCUCAAUCGCCCAAUAAUGUAUUCAAAGCAGUGUUGUUUUACUGUUUGAUGUUUGUUCUCUGUCCCCGUGGCUCAUGCUGCUGUGAAUAGGCUUUUGAAAGCUACUGUUUUUUUUUUUUACCUUUAGAAUUUUGUAUUUUUGGUCUUGUGUACGCCAGGUGCAAUCUGACGCUCAGUCUCAGUCACAAGCAGGUGUGCAGUCCUGUCAGUUGUUGUCGGUCGCAGCCAUCGUGAGGUAAAUGUCAUGGUAACCGUGAUUAGGUGAAAGCCGAGAGAUGACAGGAAUGUUAAGAAGCAUGUCUUUGUGCUGUUUGCCCGUGUUUGUCGGUGUGCGCUGUGCUGUGGGCCGCCUGUGUUUGUGUUUGAGAUGCUGGACAGCCUUGGCUCGUAAGUGAAUGUUAAUUACAAAAAUAAGAUUGAAUUUCACACAGGACUUAACAGAUAAAAAUAACAUUGGAUGGUACAGCAAACACAGUGGAAGAGGAAUUAAAAAAUGGAAUGUGGUGUGUGGAUGGUGUGUGAAGCUCAGAAAGUUUGUGUUCAUCGCAGCCACCGCUGAAAUGUUUGCCUAAAUGAUGCUGUUGCUAUAGUAACACAUCAGUCUUCUCAGUCUCGCGCCAAAUCGGCUCUGAUUUCCGUAACAUCACUGGGUGGCAGAUACUGUGUGAAAUCUUCUCUGUUGGUUGGAAUUCUGUGACAUUUCAGGCUCAGAUUUAGCGUUCAAGUGGCAUUUCUCUUUUUCCUUUGACACUGUCAGGUCAGUCAGAGCUCUACGUUUGUCUCAUCAUCAGCGCUUUAGGUGUAGACUUGAUGUUUGUUGACCUCUGGAACACGCAUCCGGCUCAGAGGGCGUUAGCUACUGGCUUUCUCAUUUCAGCUGACAUGUCCUACCCUCGACUUACGUUGGGGGUGGGUGGGGGGUGGAUGUUAAGUGUUUGUUUUCAAAAAGUGUUAGCCAUUGUGUAAUUCAUUUUUGUUCAUUGUUUGAAAACACAGGGAAUUUCCCACAGCAAGUAGUCAAUGACAUUAAGUGAAAAACUAAGCCUUGUUUGUCUGUCUUCAGCAUAACCUGUAAAUAGUUGUUUUAAAAAGAAAAAGGACAAAAUGCACUCUGGUUUCUCCAACUCAAAACUUUAAUUUAUUUAAACAGAAAUUAUAAAGAUUGGGGAAAUGAUAGUGUACAACGCUAGAGCCACCACUGAUCAUUAAUUUUGUGCGGUGGCAACGGCUGUGCAGAGGAUUAGCUAACAACACAACGAAACGAGCUGUUAAAAAGAGUCAGCGUCUGAAGAGGUCAAUUAACACCUGAUGCAAAACUAGGCUACAAAAUGGAGUUUUAUAUCUUAAAAACACAUGAAGGUUUACUAACCAAUAUAAGAAAAAAAAAAGGUUUGAAAAUGUUGUGUAGAGUAAUAAAUUGUAACAAUAUUUUAAAUAAAGUUAUAUAUUGGGGAAAAAA